ACGGAAUAUUUUCGUGGUACAGUUAGGGCGCCACUUGAGAAACGAAACUACUAGAGAACAGCGUCUUCUGCAGGAAACUGAACUAGACCAGGCUCAAAUACGUGUAGGGUAUUUCGGUCUUUGCGUCGGAGUUCUAGAUGACUUCGUCUGCGUACCGACAACAGGAGCUUCAGUCGAAACCAUCCUAAGACGUCUUAACGAGACUAAGCUUAUGAACUCGAAGCUUGCAUUUGGCGAGGAUAUCGAUCUACUAUUGAGACUCGCCACUGUGCUACAGUCCAAGAUCCUUCUAUGCAUCUCGGCUGCCGCUGGAGUCUUUUUCAUCCUAGCACUUAUACCUCUGUUACUGUUGAAGCGAAAUCAGAAAAAGCUAGGAAACAAGACUGCUCUAAAGAAGAAGGAUCUGUGGAAGAAAUGCCUCAUGGUAUGCGUUUGGUCUUCAGUGGGACUAGCUGUUGCAGCAGCUGUCGGGAUUGGCCAAAGCGCCGCAGCUAUGCAACAGAUCACAACUCCUGAGCAUCAGUCGCUUGUUUAAAUCAAAAGCGGAACUGCUUUACAAACGCUUCAGUGGGCGACUGUUGCGACUUCCGUGUUGUUUGGGCUUG